AGAUGUAAACAACAUUUUGAUGAUGUAAAUUACACAAUACCUACUUUUAUUUCUCUAAAUAUACACCUUCUUGUACAUUUCCAAAUAUACAUAUUAUAUUGAAGAUGCUUUAAAACAUCUACGGCCGAACCUCUCAUACGUUUACAGACACGUCCGGUCAGUAACCAGACAAAAAAAGAAAUAAGAAGUAACCCAACCGGACCUCUCGUAUCUUUUUUAUACGUUCGGACACUGUCCGCGAGCCUUUAUAUUCAUCUCAAAUAUGAAAAUAAUAUAAGGGCUCACGGACACGACCGGUCAGUCCGUCGCAUGAAACACGUCGCAUAAAACACGACCCAUUCCAAACUAUUUAUUUUUCUUUCUUUCUCUCCACCAAUUAUGACGACAUUUCAAAUAUACGAUGCUCUAAGGCGAGAAACAACGCGACAUCGGAAUGUAUCGACAUUAUCCCGCGACCGCGAGCAAGUCUUGUCUUUUUUUUCCUUCGACACGACACGUCAGGCUGACAGCGGCGGUGCCGGACGCCACGGGCACAGGGUCGCGCUCGCGCGUGCGUGCACGCCAUCGCUAUCCAAGGAAAAACCGGUCAAACGGACAGCGAUGCGAGCAGCACCUGAAAAAGGUACGAGGCGGCGCGGGGGCAUCCAUUCGCAGAGCAUGACGUGGCAUGACACGGCGUCGCCAGUGUGGACGGGGGCAAAGCCGUUCUCACCAGCCGGCGGGUGUGAACCGGCGAGGAGUUCGAGAAGCGUCCGAAAGAACACCAAGGAGACCAACUGCUGCUGCAUGCAAAAGGUGGCCCUGGCGAGACCCCUUCCACACCCACCAACGCGCGUAGCCGCGUACGCGCGCCCUUUAUCAACCCGCAGCCUCGGCAAGGGCCGAUGGUGAACGGACGCAGCUUGCGGCAGGCCGGCGAGCGCACGGGCGAUCACAAUCACAAUCACAAUCACAUCACGCCAGUGGUCUUCCACGGUGCGCGGCGGGAGCAUGCAACGGCAGCGCUUCGGGUCUGACGAAGGGCCGGCACGGAACCCCGCCGAGGAGAGGAGGCUCAAGAGACCCGCCGCGACCGAGUCCGAGGAGACCGCCGGCGGCGGCGACGACGAGGACGAUCUGCCCCCGGGAACCAGGAGGAGGAUGAAGGACACGCAGCAGAAGCCGAGGCCGAGCGGCAGCACCGCGGCCUCCUCCGUCCGCGCCGUGCUGCAGGACUUCCUGGAGCAGCAGCAGCGCCUGGACGCGCAGCGGCAGGAGGCGGCGGCGCGGCACGCGCAGGAGCGGCUGGCCUUCGAGCAGCAGUGGCGGCAGGAGAUGCAGAUGCUGGAGCGGGAGCGGCUGAUGCUGGAGCAGGCGUGGCGGGAGCGCGAGGAGCAGAGGAGGAUGAGGGAGGAGGCCAGGGCCGAGCGGAGGGACGCGCUCCUCACCAACCUGCUCAAUAAACUCUUGCGCGACGACUUCUAGGGAGGGACACGUGGCUCGACGACGCGUGCCUGAUAAUCAACAAAAUUCGUUACUUGUAGCAUAGGAUAUGGCAGUGGAUCAAUAGAAAUUCUUUGUUUGCUUUGUCCUCACCUCAGCAUAGAUUAAUCCGUAGGAAUUUUAAGUCAUUUUAGUAGUAAGAUAUCAGUUGCAUACACAUGUAAUUGCUAGCUAAGAUGCUGCCAAAUGCUGUGCUCCGUGUCUUUGUGGAAGGGUAAAUGUUUUUUUC